AUUAAGGGACGGGACGGGCCCGGCUGAGCCGCCUGGAGUUGCGUUCCGUCACUGCUGCUGCCGCUGUCACCUUUCCUUCCGCGUCUCCAACGUUUCGCGCUCCACUACGCGGCUCUCCCGGGCUGUGCGCUGCGUGGAAUCCCGGCAGCCCCUCUCCACAGGACCCCCCAAAAGGGGAGAGCGAGACUUUUUAUUGCGGUCUCCCGGCACCCUUUUGCGCGCAGGAUGGAGACCCAAAGCGGGUGGCUCUUUUUCUGGGCGCCGCUUCUGCUGGUGCUGGUGGCACUGGCGCUGGAGCUCAGCCCGCGGGCCAAGUUCAGGGCGAAGAUAGGCUUCUACUGCGUCCUCUGCGUGGUUUGCUCCACCUUCACCGCCCCCGUCUGCCUCCUAUGGAACCGAGGAAGGACUGUCCACAACAUGACGAUCAUCAAAAAUGUUGUCCGUAGCUUCAAGUACUUAUAUGGGCUGAGGUUUGACAAGAAGGGCCUAGAGCACUUUGAGGUCGAGGGGCCCUGCGUCAUCGUCUCGAACCAUCAAAGCAUCUUGGACAUGAUAGGCUUGAUGGAGAUCCUCCCAGAACGCUGCGUCCAGAUCGCAAAGCGGGAGCUCCUCUACUUCGGCACGGUGGGCCUCAUCAUGUACCUGGGUGGUGUUAUCUUCAUCAACCGGAAGAGAACCAGCAACGCCAAGUCCGUGAUGGCCGGAGUGGGCCAAGCCAUGAUGAAAGACAAUGUCAAGGUGUGGAUCUAUCCAGAGGGUACCAGGAACGGGAGCGGGGAGUUGCUGCCAUUCAAGAAGGGAGCUUUUCAUCUUGCCAUUCAGACACAGGUCCCAGUAAUUCCUGUGGUGUAUUCCUCCUUCUUAUCAUUUUACAAUUCGGAGAAGAAUCUCUUUACGUCAGGCAGAAUCCAGGUUGAAGUCUUGCCCCCCAUCCCAACCCAGGGUCUGACUGCCAUGGACGUUGACGACCUCACCAACAGAUGUUACAGCAGCAUGAGGGCAACCUUCCUCAGGCUAUCGGGGAGGCCCAGUGAAGUCAACGGAGAGGCACCCAGCCUUGCACAGUGACAACUUUUUGAAGGCCCCAGUGCAAAAGAUGCACACCUUUCAAAAUGACCUGUUGCCAAAAAUGAAACUUUGUGGUGGUUCUUCUUUGCUUAGGAUGGAGGGGAAAAGUUUGCAAACUCUUCCUCAAAGUCCUAGGGAAAGGAAGACGCGGAAGGGAACGCCUCUGCGUAUGUCUAUCAUUAUCAUUCCUAUUCUCGUCUUCAGCUUCCCUUCCCCAGACCAGCCACCACCAACACACAGAUUAAACUCUCCAACUUGUU